UUACUGUUCGUCAACAAAAUGGCGGAAAGCCAGCGUUCAACCUUUGACGACGCUCUUUUCGAUGCAGUUUUGGAAAACAACUUACACAAAGCUGUCCGAAAGAUUGGCAAGAGAGCGGACGUCAAUGUUGUCGCAAAACGUGGGGGAAAGUAUGUAUAUGGAUCGAGUCGUUAUCUAACUGGAUUGUGGGGUUAUCCAUCUGCUCUUCAAGUAGCGUGUGGUAUGGGAUCAACCAGUAUGAUUGAUCUACUUAUAAGAAAACGAGCCAAUGUGAAGUAUCAAGAAGAGGGGAGGGGAUGGACAGCUCUACACUACGCAAGCAUUGGUGGUCAUGUGUCUGUUAUGAAGAGAUUGAUCUCCGCUGGUUGCGACCAACAAGUCAAAAACCAUUAUGGAGAGACAGCUCUACACGUUGCUGGUAAUGUUGAGGUAGUUGAUUAUCUAUUGAGCAUUGGUCUCAACAUUGAAGAUCGUGAUGAGAAUGGCUACACAUCAUUUGUCAGGGCAUGUGUUGAUGGUCAUUUACCUGUAUUACAACAUCUCAUUUACUUAAAAUGCAACAAAGCAGCAACAACUAAUGAUGGAGAGACAGCUCUACACAUUGCUGAUAAUGUUGAGGUAGUUGCUUGUUUAUUGAAGAGUGGUCUCAACAUUGAAUAUCUUGAUGAGAAUGGCUACACACCAUUUCUAGAGGCAUGUCGUCAUGAUCGUUUACCUGUAGUACAAUGUCUCGUUGAUUCAAAGUGCAACAAAGCAGCAACAACUACUACACUGUUUGCUAUUAGAGACAGACCCCGGAUGAAUGGAAGCGGUGUUUGCAACCUACAGUUUCUGCAAAGUAGAAGUCAUCAACAGAAGAGGAGAGCUUUUUCAGGAUUCUUUUUGGCGUCAGCGGUUCUUUCCGCUUUCGUCGGUUGCGUCAGUCCUAUUCGGUUGUAUGGAGUCCCCGUUUCUGGAAUGAACGCUUUUGUUGAGUUGCUUUUCGUCGUAUGUUGUUUCCGUGGCUUAAGUUUCUUUGUUGUGAUCGAGUUUGCGUUCUGUCUUUACUCUUGUGGCUUCAGUGUCUGGGAUCAUCGCAGCCUUACCUUGCCUUUGUGGUCUAGUGCAUUUUCUCCAGAUUCUGUCAUCGUCAUCUCAUCUUCGUCUCAUCGUCCAUCUUGUGACUUCAGCAGUGCCUUUGGUCGUUCCAUUUUGGCUUCGUUUGUUGGUUUCCAGUACAUUGACAGGAAUUCAGAGAGUGAUACCGAAGAAGAUGAUCCCCCUGACGGUAGGCGUUCUACUCAAAGUCCUAAUUCAUGUUGUCCUUUAUGUUCUCUGGUGACAAGAGACACAGUUUCGCUGUUUCAACACAUAAAUGCAAACCACAUUUGCUACAGAAAUUUCCCGGAUGUUCAGUUCUUAGAAUUCCACAACCGUCGCUUAUGUUCAGAAUGUGGCUUUGCUUAUGGUAAUCGUUUCUCAUUUUGCCGACGUUCUCUAGGUCCUGGUCGUGGUAGAUGUCGUGGUUUGAUGACCCAUCCAAGUGCAUCAUCCUGGUUGAGUCAGUGUGAAUCCACAGCUGUUAACGGUGAUAUUGGAAUUCAGAAUUCACCGGAGGUAGCUCCAACAUCAGCUUCAAGGAUUACUUCUUCAUCAGUGCCUGUAUCCUCAUCUUCUAAUUUGGUGCUCGAGGGUAUUAAAGCAGCUUCUAUGAUGUCCUAUCCAGCUGUUGGUGACAUGGAAUUGUCUGUUUUCAAUUCACUGAUGAACGAAGUUGUCACCACACCUGUUCAGACAGUUACUCAUGUCCCAAAAUCAGUUAGACCACUUCUAAGUGUGGUUUUAGCUAAAGAAUUACGGUGUGCUUGUGAGGGUGGCCUGUGGGGCUUUGCUCGCCUCUUCAUGCUGGCCAAAGCUACCCUUCGCUGUCCUCCUCGUGGUGGGAGAAAGAAAAGGUACGUUGUAAAGGAAAUUUUGUAUUCUCGCCUUCAACGUUGGUUGGAUGGAGAUAUUCGAUCACUGUGGCUGGAUGUCAAGGCUGAAACUAACCCUUGCCAUGUUUCAUUGAAUUCCUCAAAUACCGCUACCACAAAUACUCGAAGAUCAUUGAGAUUGGCUUCAGAAGGUCGAUACAGUGAUGCACUUCAGGCUUUGGGUUCACGAGGUUGUGCCUCUCAUGACAGCAGUGAAGCUUUAGAAGAGUUGGCAAAUCGACAUCCAGUUCACGAUCUUCCUGCUUGGCUAGAGGAAGUCCCACCUUCACUAGUUGUGGACUCUCAGGAGGUUAUUUCUGCAUUGGAAGCAUUUCCCAAUGGCUCAAGUCCCGGUUAUUCUCAUCUUCGAGCACAACACUUAAUUGAUGCUAUACGAGGUUGCAAUGUUCCAGAAGCGCAGUCCUGUUUAGAAAACCUAACACGAUUGAUGUGUCUCUUGUUGUCUGGAAAACUUGAUCGCAACAUUUCUCCCUUCCUGUCUGGUGCCCCUUUGACUGCUCUCCAAAAGAAGGCUGGCGGCAUUCGGCCCAUUGCUGUUGGGGAAGUGUUGCGUCGUUUGGCUAGCCGUCUUUGCUGUUCUGCUAUAAAACCUCGCUUACCGGACGUCUUCUUACCAUAUGGUCAGGUAGGUGUUGGAAUACGAGGAGGUUUAGAGGCAAGUGUUCAUUCUCUAAGGUCAUACAUUGAAGAGAACAGUGCUAGACAUGACCUGUGCUGUUUCAAACUGGACAUGAAGAAUGCGUUCAAUGAAUGCCAUCGCAAUUCAUUCCUGAAGAGACUUGGCAGUGAAUUUCCUGAAUUGGUAGCUUGGGUACAGUGGUGCUAUCACUGUGCUGCUGAGUUGCGCUUUGGCUAUCAUCACCUUACAUCUACAGCAGGAGUCCAACAAGGCGAUCCAUUGGGACCACUGCUGUUCUCCUUAGUCGUCCUAGAACUAAUGGAUGAAGUUGGAGAAGUGCCUGGCUUAGACCUAAAUUUGUGGUACCUUGACGAUGGUACUUUUGCUGGCACACGGAAAUCUGUCUCAAAGUUAAUAAACUUCAUCAUAGAGAAAGGUCCUUCCCUGGGCCUUCAUGUCAAUUUAUCAAAGUGUGAAGUGUUUUGGCCUUCAGGAGAUCGAACACAUCCAGAAUUUCCACCAGAAGUACACCGGUUGUCAGAUGGAAUGGAAUUGCUUGGUUCUCCUGUGUUUGGUUCAUCUGAUUUCUUCACUAAUUGUUUCAAGAAGCGAGUCGAUCAAGUAGCAAAUACCCAAUCUCAUCUCUCUGAUCUUGAAAAUCCAAAAGUGGAACUUCAGUUGUUGAGAAGUUGCCUGUCCAUAUGUAAAAUCAACCAUUUGCUACGAUCUGGUUACGCCGAUCUCUCGGCCGGAUCACAAGAUCUUCAAUUUCUGACUUUGCAUGGUCACAAGCAGUAUUGCCAAUUGGAAAAGGAGGUAUGGGUAUCCGGGAGGCCUUAUCUACUUCACCUUCCGCUUUUCUUGGCAGCUGUAACUCAAAUCGAAAGUUAG